UCGUUUUGACCAAUCACAAAAGCCGUUACAAAAUCAACUCGACAAUACAAGCGAUGCGUCCGGUCGAUGCAGGACGGUAAACAUUGCAUCCGAAAAUUAGUUUUUAAUGCAAAAUCAAUGACGCAUAUGUUGAAUUUAGAGGAACAAAUGACCGGGCUGAAGCGCAAGCCAUCGGACUUGCCCGGGGAUCAGCCACCACCAAAGUUACUUAAGCAAACAACCAGUACAACAAUAGAUACAGCUGUAGAGAAAGAGUCUGAUAUUGACAGCCUUCCUCCUCCUGUGUUGGAAAAGGCAGAUACGUAUGAUGAGGAUAGACCUAAGGCUGUGCCUUAUGGAAUCAAAGCAAAUGACAAUGGAUCAGACAGUUCAACACCACCCCCAGUCUUGCCAAGAUUUCCAACAUUGCAGCCCUCAAAACCAAUGUCAUCUGAGAAGUAUUUUGGGUUUGAUAUUCCUAGUGAUAGUGAUGAAGAAGAUGACACCAUAAGAAAAAUUGCUGAAUCAAUCAGUGUAGGAGAAGAUUCAGUAGACAGUAUAGCAUCUCUCAAACCUAAAAUGUCUUCUAUGGGAACAAAUACACCUUAUGAUGAUGAAAGGUCUAUUAGUAAAAGAGAUGUACAUGUAUCUUUAAAAAGAGUAGACACUUUAAAUAUAUCAGAUAGUAAUGGGUCAAAUGGGGAAGAAAAGAAAGCAAAACUGAUUAAAAAAGCCAUUAUCAAAAAAGUAUUUUCACCUAAAAAAAGUCUGCAGUCAAAGAAAAGUGUUACUGUUAAAAAGGAAAGAUCAGUUAUAUUAAAUUUACUAGAGUCACUUAGAACAGUCCAGAAAAUGCCUUCAGGUGCUAAGAUAGAAAAGAUAAUGAAAUUUGGUGAUCAUGAAGUUAUAGAUUUACCAUCAGAUAGAUCUCUUACUGUUUACGAAUUUGACGACGAAAAAUUUACAUCAAUCACCCCAAGUAAUCUUUUACCGAGACCUUCAGUGCAGGUAGUUUCAGACACUUUAAAAUCAGUAGAAGAUGAGGCACCUGCAGACAGCUCAGCUUUACCAAAACUUGAAUGUGUUUCUAGUGAAGAGUUUUCAACAGAUGAACUAUCAGAUGCAGAAAUGAACAAUUCAGCCCCAGUCCUUCAAAAAAUGUGUAUUACUUCUCCCACCAAAUCACCGAAAAAAUUUAUUCAUGGUGGAAUCAGGGAAAUUGUUUUUUCAUUUGACACAACUGGCUCUAUGUACAGUUAUAUGGAAGAAACAAAAGAAAAAUUGCGAGAAAUUAUUGAACGUUUAAAAAUAGAUAUUCCAGGUGUUCGUUUAGCAUUUGUAGCUCAUGGGGACUACUAUGAUUUAAAGAAUGAUAGGUAUUUAAUUAAAUGGCUUGAUUUUGGUGCAACUAUAGAUGAAAUAUGUAAUUUCUUUGAAUAUUUACCAAUUACUCAUGGUGGGGAUGCAGAUGAAUGUUAUGAAUUAGUUUUAAGGAAAGUACGGGAAUCAUUAUCAUGGACGACAGGAAGUCAGAGGUGCUUAGUAAUGAUUGGAGACUCUGAUCCUCAUGAACCAGGUUAUGAGUUUGAAGACUUCAAGAACGAUAUUGAUUGGAAAGAAGAGACGAAAAAAUUAAAUGAAAUGGGAGUAAGAAUUUAUGGAAUGCAGGUUGGUUACAGAUCUGAUUUCUACAGACAGAUAUCGCAGACCACAGGUGGCGCUCAUCUACGUUUGGAAUCGGCUAAUCUGACUCCUGAUAUGUUUAUGUCUGUCUGCUUACGAGAAGGCAAUCUUAAACUUCUAAAGACUUAUGAAGCAGAAGUAAUGAAAAGACCAGAAUACAAAACUGGCUUAGAUUUAGAAUUAGCAAGACUGUUCAGUUCAUUAAAAAAUGUAGCAGAUAAUAUUGCUAUGAAAUUCAAAAAGAAUAUAAUAGAAGGAAGUACAGAAAAUGGGAAGAAGGCAAUUAAGAGAGAAAAUACGUCGACAACAGAGUCACCUGGUACUAAAAUAGCCAAAAUGGCAAAGAAGGCUUUAGCUGAUGAUGGGAAAAUAAAGAAGAAAAUGAAAACAUUGUCACCUGAACGAAAGCAAUCCACCUCAGACAAAAUAGCAAAGAAUUUGAUUAAAAAGGCAAUUAAAGGAAAGACAACAAAAGAUAAGAAGAAAACAGCCUUAACAAAAGAGAAAAAGAAAAUUUUACUAAAAAGUACCCAAAAAACUGGUGUUAAAAGUAUUAAAGAGAAAAAGAAAACAGCUGCAAAAUUAACUAAGAAGCCUGCUGUAAAGAAAGAUAUGAAAAAGAAACCAACAAAACCAGGUCUUGCAGGGAAAAAGGCCAAAAUUGUAUUGGGUUCUAAAGUUCAAAAAACUAUUUCUAAAGGAAAACAGACUGCAACUAAAGUUAAAGCAAAGUCUGUUAUGAAAGCAAUAUUGAAAUCGAAGACAGUUAAAUCCUCAAAGAAAACACUUUCAAUUAGACCUAAUACUAAGUUAAAAAGUAAAAAUACAGCUGCAAAGAAGGUUAUUAAGAAUAAGACUAUAACCAAAGGUACUAUCAAGAAAGAUCCUAAAUCUAAAACAUUAAGUAAAGUGAAGUCUAAAGAAACUCCUACAAAGAAAACUGUCAAGACGAAAGUAAAAACUAUGGAAGUAAAGAAGAAAGUACCAAAGAAAUUAGCUGAAAAGAAAGCAACUAAAGGUUCUCCUGAGAAGAAAAAAGCUAAACCACAAGAGAAAAAAGCAACAGACAAAAAGAAAGAUGAAAAAGAGAAGAAGUCAGUAGCUAAGUCUAGCAAGAAGACAGAAGCAAAGAAAUCCAUUGACAAAACCAUCAAGGUUAAAAAACCAAAGAAUUUACAGCCAAGAGAAAUUGCCAGUAUAGCCAAGUUUGUGACUGGACCUUUAAGUUGUUCGUCCUGGGAACAGUGGACGCCGUUGAUUGCUCAUGAGAAACCCAGGAGUGGAAAUUGGUCAAAAGGAAAAGGUGGAUGUCCAGGAUAUUGUAAUUCAGACAUUGAUAAAGACAAAGACUCCGUGCUUGACAUGUACGAGUUUGCAGUAUCUCCGCCUGACAGUUCCAAAAAAUACCCAGUUUAUUUUUAUUCACAGAAUGAAAAUAUAUGGGAAUUUUGCAAAGACAAAUAUAUUCAGAAAGAACUUGAAAGAGUGAUCAAAUCCAAAGGGUCAGUCAGUGUUCGUAAAGGAACAGUAAAUAAGAAUGAUGAAACCUUGUUCCUUAAAACUGUAGAACAUGUUCGAAAUAUGUUUGAUUAUGCAUGGAACAGUAAUGCUUCAAAAGACACCGCUAGAAAAGAAGACUUGGUAAAAGAAGGAUUCAUUAUAGCUAAAGUGUGAUAAUGGAUUCAUAUCAUGAUGUCAUUACUAUUGUUCCAUGCAUAUUUGUAAUUCCAUAGUGUUUCCAAAUUUUAGUAUUUACCAGAGUUAUCUCCCUUUAGAUAUACAAAUUGUACAUAAUUGUAAUCAAUUGGUUUCUAGAAAAGUGAAAAUUUUGUAUUAUAAAACUUUUUGUUGCAAAGUUUUAAGGAUUUUUUUAAAGAAGAUUAUCUGAUAAAUUCCUAGCUUUUCUAUCAUUCUUCCACCUUUUUUGAAGUUCUUUGUCAUUUCAUGUGUGACCCAUGUUCCCUUUUUUAUACCUGAAGUUUUCUAAUUUUGAGAAAGCAUCCAUAUUUUAUUUGCCAAUUUUAGUAUUGACCUCAGAAGGUGACUGUUUAUUUUGUUUGAUUUAAGCUUUUUAAAAUAAAAAUAAAUGUACAGAAGAAACAUUUCAUACUUGAAUGUGGUUUAUAACUUAUAUUUAUUUUUUUUAGUUUUCCAAUAUAAAAAAAAAAUUAAUAACUUCAAAGUAACAAUCUUUGUUUCUCAUUGCCAUAUUUAGCAUGCAGCCUAUAUAGGAAUUGCACAAGUGCUACAUUAAUUGUUUUUAGCUCACCUGGCCCGAAGGGCCAAGUGAGCUUAUGCCAUCACUUGGCAUCCGUCGUCGUCGUCGUCGUCUGUCGUCAUAAACUAUUUUAAGAAUCUUCUCCUCUGAAACUACUAGGCCAAAUACUUCCAAACUUUAACUGAAUGUUCCUUAGGGUAUCUAGUUUAUAAAAUGUAUCCGAAGUUUUGAUCUAUCAACAAACAUGGUCGCCAUGGCUAAAAAUAGAACAUAGGGGUCAAGACUCAAAUGCAGUUUUUGGAUUAUAUCUCAAAAACGAAAGCAUUUAGAGCAAAUCUGACAUGAGGUAAAAAUGUUCAUUAGGUCAAGAUCUAUCAGCCCUGAAAUUUUCAGAUGAAUCAAACAACCCAUUGUUGGGUUGCUGCCACUUAAUUGGUAAUUUUCAGGAAAUUUUGCAGUAAACAGCAAAAAUGUUCAGCAAAGUAAGAUCUACAAAAAUGUUAACAUGACCAAUAUUGUCAAUUGACCCCUUAAGGAGUUAUUGCCCUUAAAGACAAAUUUUCUCUAUUUGUUCAUCAAACUUGCUUAAAUUAAAAAAUCUCCUCUGAAACAACUGGGCCAAAUACUCUCAAACUUUAAAUAAAUGUUCGUUGGGGUAUCUACUUUCUAAAUUGUAUCCGAAGUUUUGAUCCAUCAAAAAAAAGUAAGAUCUACAAAUAAUCAAUAUGAUCAACAUUUAAAUGGCAUUUUAAAGCAAAAAUAAUAAUUGUGAAAGGUUUAAGCAAAACGUUUUGGGUGAGCGAAUCAGGCUCUUGAGAGCCUCUUGUUUUUUUUAUGUGAUUGGGUGAAAGGAUUGGUGCUUUAUCUCCUACAGAGUGAAUGCAUUUUAUGAUACCAUAUACAUUUUUUAUAUGGUUGCUAAAAAUGUAUAAAAGAAAUCUUCCAUAGCAGGCUAUGUUUUUUUUAUUACUUUUUUUGAAAAUUUGAUAAACUUUUUUGAAAACUUGUACAAAAAAUAAAAAAGUAAAUGCAUACAUUAUCCCAUAAAAUAAAAUUUAUGUAGUAAAUAUUUGUGAAUAUGGUGUAACUACAUGUAUAUAUAUAGCUAUCCAUUUGUGAUGCCACUAUAGAAUGAAAAUCACAUAAUCACCAUUAACGAAUGCUGCCACCAUUCAAAAAUUAAAAGAAAACUGGAUACCAAGAUAUUUACUUCAUACAGAUAGUAUAUGACAAUCAUAUUUUGUCUAUAAAUAUGAUGUUCUGUAUUGAUACUUAUAAACAGUAAAUUUAUUUUGACUUAUUUUGCAUUCGCAGUAGGUGUAUUUUUCCGACAAAAAAAAUGAACUGAUGGAAUUCUAUUUACCUACAUUUAAAAAGAAAAUUUGAAUUAAUUUUAUAUAAAUGUAUUUGUAGUAUGUUUACCAACCCAACCUUCCACUGUAAACCAUUAAAAAUUCACGCGUUUGGGAUAAAAAGGGAUGAAAAAAACCUGACAACUAAAGAUACAACCAAGCAAACUACUUUAAUGUAUAUAAUUUGCAGCCUAAUAAGACAAUAUCUCUACCUUUCAGUUUCAGACAACAGAUUUCAUGAUCUAUUCAUUAGAAUUUUAAAUUUUAAAACACUACCUUAACUUCUGAGGUUUUGACUUAGCUUUAAGCCUUAUUUGUUUGUUGAAAUUUUUUGCAAAAGUUUCAAAAAAAGGCUUAGUUGUUUUGUUAUAUAUGGUGGCUCUGAGCAUGUGACAUUUAUUGAUAUGUGUAAUAUGCUUUUUAAUAUUUACAUCUAGAUAUAUUUUAUAUUUUGUUAUGGUCAAUGUUUUGGUCUCUGUCUAUUAAAAUGAAUUGCAAUGUUUUGGUCUCUGUCUAUUAAAAUGAAUUGCAAUGUUUUGGUCUCUGUCUAUUAAAAUGAAUUGCAAUCUUCUGUCAGAAAAUUUUACCAACCAUUUGUAUGACUUUUUUGUACAAAUUUUUGAAUGCUGUAUCAUAAUUUAUAGGUGAAGUUAUACCCUUUGAAAUUGUUUUAUAUGAUGAAAAAUUGAGAAACAAUUAAAUUGACCAUUUAUUCAUUGACCACUUUAAUAUAUUUAACAUGAUAAUUAUGUCAACUUGGUCACUCUGGUCAUUUCAUUAAUUUAAGAUAUAAUUAAAGUUUAUAUUUCAUUGUGAUAACAUAAAAUGAACAAAUAUGAAAUGUUUGUGUAUGGAAACAUUCAAUUGUGUGUAUGUGUGUUUUUUUAUUGGAUAUAUAAUGAAUUUGAAAUAUAUGAGAGUAGAUAUAACUCUGAUGUUUACCAUUUUUGUAUAAAGAAUAUCUAUUGAAUGUAAGAUUAAAGAAAUGUGUUCAUUAUAAUAUGUCUGAAAACCAGUCCAGAUUGUGUGAACGGCAAAAAAUGUUGAAGGAAAAUAUUUCAUUUUUUGCAGUGAUUGUAUUAUAUGACGUGUAAGGUUUUUUUUCUGUACAAAACAGUCAUAAUAGAUAAUUUAUAAUACCACUUUUGUACAACUUUUUGUAUGUGAAGUUGAAUAUUUCUAGAUUGUUGGACCAUCUAUCCUAUAGAGCUAGGUGAGAUUUUUCAUCACCUUGUAACUGUCAUCUGUGUUUGUUUACAAGUAACUUAUAUUUUGGUAAAGUUGUUUAGAAAAUUUAUAUCCAGGGGAUUGAUGAUAUGAAGGCCAUUGACAAAUGCUCAUCAUUUCUUGUAAAUUAGUCUGCAAAAGAUUGAAGCACUGUUGUCCUCUGAAACAUAUGAAAAAUAACAUUUUCAUUUUUCUCUUGAAUUUUGCUUUUUAAUAUAAGUUUCUGGUGGAUAGUAAUUUUAUUGGCAAUCUUUUUUUCUCUAGAAACUAUGUAAGGAAAGUCCAUACAAGGUUUGGAGACAGUCUUUGAUCUUGAUUUCUCAACUUUUGUAAAUCUUGUGUGGAACUACAAAGAAAAUUCAUCUGUAGAUGUCAGAUGUUACUAUCCUCCCAAAAAUAUUUCAAUAAUUGAAAAUAAAUUUUUGGAAUUUAUUACAGGGACAUGUAGUUUUAUUAUUUUUUUUUAUAGGGCAGAUAGAUUUAAAGGGGACAAAAGGCUCAGGCCCUGUUUAUAGAAUUGCAUAUAUGGUUGAAACUUAAACUCUUUUCUAGUCCCUUUUCAAAUGACUUGCUGCCCCUCCCCUGUUCAGCAUCCUAGGUUCACAAGUUGGUGAAGUUCUUUCCAUGACAAAACUAGGAUAGUUAUUCAUGCAAAGAGGGAAAGAUAGAGGGUUCAUUACUAUAUCCUUGUUGUUAAACUCAAUUUGUAUUUUAUAUUUUCAACAUGCAAUGUAAUUACAAGCAUUAAAUGCCUUUUGUAAAAUUGAUAGUGUUAAAAGAUUUGAUUGAAUGUAUAAAUCUUACAUAUAUCAGUUCACAGUCAACUUAGUUGAUGUAAACAACAAAAAAUAGUUCAUUUUUUAUAAGUUUACUUAGUUCUACUUAUCAUCCAUUGCAUAUCGCUGGUUUCAAGAUAUAAGCCAUAGAAAUUUUACGGGGGGAAUAUUCUCUCUUGACUUUUCAUAGCUUUAUCUUGACAAGUUAAAGCUCUCAAAAAUUGUUAAAAAGUUAAAAUUUUAUCAAACUUUAACAGAUAACUUAUUAUUGUACAUGUUAAAGAUUUACAAAAAAGAAAAACAGGGGUAACCGGGCAAUUUAUUGCAAGGCAUUCAAAUGGAUAAAACCAGAGGAUUCCAAAAAUCUAACAAAAAAUCCAAAACAAGCUUCCUAACAACAUUUAAAAAAAAAAAAUAUACAUGAAGUUCUGGAUGGGGUUUACAGAAAAGAUAAUAAUGAGACAAAAGUUGAAGAAAAAAUAAUAAGAGAAACGAAUAAAAGGCCAAAAAUAUUAAGAAUAGAAAAAAUGACAUAACAUCAAUGACUUCAAGAAUUAAGUACACCCCAUCCAAACCCUUAUGCAGUGAGCAGUGAAAGAAAAAUACAUGCAAUGAUCCCUAAAAUAUGUAUUUCAAUUAAAGAAAAGAUUGAAGUACAAGAGUAAAGAACAUAUUUCAAAAACCAAUGUUACCUUUGAUAUUUUUGUAGGAAACUUUUUAAGUGUAACACAAUUGUGUAAGUUAUAUUUUACAACCAGUAAUUCUGAGGAUUAAGUUAAAGUAAACCUUUGUUGAUUGGAUUGAUAUUUCCCCCUACACUGUUGACUUUUUAUUUGCUAAAAUGCUUGUUAUUUGAGUACUUGAAAAGUUUUUAGGUGUAUUUUAUAUGUUUGUGUUAUUUAUCUGCAUGUUUUAGAUGUGAAAUAAUUGCAAAAAAGAAUAUUUUUUAAUGAAAUAUAUAUGGUAUAAUAUUGAAGUAAAUUGAUUAUUUGUGAUUUAUAAA